CUUACUCACUCCGAUAUACUGUGCAACCAGAGUACCCAUUUUGUCCUUUUUGCAGGGUCGGGGGUUUGAUGUUGGUGGCAGAUUACUGUAUCGAUAUCUGAGGGAAGAUCAGGGCUGACGCACGUGACCGUCACCACGAAUUACUCCAAAGCACCCUUUGUGGCCCUUCUGCAACCAAUGUAACUGUCUAUCGGAUGUGAGGCGGCCAACACCGCGACAUUAUAGACUCUGAUGGACCAACCAAAGUCUAAUAGGCGAACCCGCUGUCCCCGGCAGGACCCUGUUUCAUGUCAGUUCUGUCGGUCAAAGAAGCUCAAAUGUGACCGGCGGCAACCUUGUUCCAACUGUUCCGCCCGUGGUGUUACCUGCCAACUUGUGGCACGGCAUACUCUCCAGGCACCUCGGGAUGACAAGCAGCCUUCCCCAUUCCCUGAAAAUGUCGAAAUUCUUGCACGCUUGAAAACAUUGGAGGAUAAAGUUUCGGCUAUGGGCAAUGCGCCUUUUCUGUCUACCCAGUCGCCUCAGCAGCUCUCUCCCUCCACGCCAAUGUCGAAAACUUCUAUUUCAACGCCGACAGCGAGAACCGUUGUUGAUGAGGACUACAGAACAGCCUCUGAACUACUAGUCAAUGUCGGUGCCUGUUAUGACUCCAAUAUUUCCGACGAUUCGCAUGGGAUAUCACUGAAGGUGGAACCUGUAAAUCGGUGGGCCGCAGAGCCAUAUAUUAGGCGUGCUGGAAAUACAACGUCUUUGGGCACUAUCUGGCUCCCAACCAAAGCUGAAGCUCUCAGUUUGCUCAAAUACUACAUGGACAAUAUCCAUUAUCUCCACCCUGUCAUAGAUGCACUGGCCGUGCGGCGCAUGGUGGAGACUGUAUACACAUAUCCGAGAGGACGUGUUUAUAGAGAAGCUGCACAUAUUGCAUUAUUACUCAGCAUAUUUGCUAGUACAGGCUAUCUCUGGAGCUCGCACGAAAAUGACGAACUCGUCGUCUUUUCUACCUCCAAAGUGGCCAUCCUAGCGUCGUCGGCGUGGAGUGAUGCCGCCCUUGAUGUAGCGGAUUACUCACGACGCACAUCUUCGGGUUCGAUUGAAAAUAUUCAGGCGACGAUAAUUAUUGAAUAUCUCAUAUACAAUAAUAAUGGAUUUUCGGCAACUUGUCGUUUACUUCAUAGCAACACAAUAUCGAUGGCGAGAGAUCUGUCAUUGCACAGAAUAGACAUACCCCACAGAAGGAACAAGACAGACUCAGAGGCUGAUAUGGCUGAGGAUGAGACAAAGAGGAGAAUUUGGUGGUAUGUUGCUUCGACGGACUGGCUAUUGGCAUUCUCUGGCGGUCCACAAGAGGGCACCUACUUAAUACACCCAGCACAUAUGCAUGUGAGAUACCCACAGAUUGUUAGUGGAGACCUCGUUGCCCAAAGUGAUCAGUCCAAUGGCUCAGAGUCGACUCCCACAUCAAUGUCUUAUUUCCUCCAACGCAUUCGUCUAUCCGAGAUAUGUCGGACCAUCGUGGAUUCUAUACCUCGAUUUUUGGAUGAUAUCGACAUGGUAGACUAUGAUAAAAUAGUUGCCCUGGAUGACCAAUUCGAGGAUCUCACUAAGAGCUUCCCGGUGUUCUUUCACCUCGACGAAGAGAGCAGGCUUAUGAGCCGCGGGACUGAUCAUAGAUUUCCUCAUAUAGCUACACAGCGCUAUCUUAUCCAUCUCGGAGUUCUUAAUAGACGUUGUAAGCUCCACCAACCCUAUCUAAUAAGGGGAUUCGUUGAAUCAAAAUACGCCUAUUCUAGAGACGUGUGCUUGCGCUCUGCACGCCAGGCGUUGGAGGUAAACCGUGUACUGGAAAAAACGAAAUCCGACCUGGGUUGUGCCCCGGCGAGAUUUGGGACAGUUAUGCACCAUGUAUUCAUGGCUACUGUUGUACUAGUUAUGGAUCUCUGUUUUAACAAAAUCGAGGGUCAAGAACAACAAAGACAGGCCGAAGUCAUGCGCGCUUGCAGAAUGCUGCAGGAAGCGAAACAAGACUCCGUACUGUCGAAGAUGUUUCUCGAUCCUCUCAUGGAUAUCUUACAAAAACAUAGGGCAAUAGUACUCAGUGACCAGAAGUCAUUGUCCUUUACGCCGUCAGGGGCAAGGAAUUCUCAUGCCUCACCGCAUAAAACAAAUCGCGGGUCUUCCAACACCAUUCUCCAACGACCAUUGCACUUCUCCACCAUGACUGGUGCGAACCAAUGCACUGAUAACACCAGUUCAAUGGCGCCCGUUAACCGCUCUGGCCAACAAUACGAUAUGACGCAGACAUACGACCAUACAGGAAUUGAUGAAAUUAUGCAAAAUUAUAUCGAUAUUGGGCCGAACAUGGAUAUACCCCGCUGGAACGAGUUAUUUGCAGACCUCGAUUCGCAUCAGGCGAUGGACGGAAAUGAUUAUUUCUAUGAGUAAUAAAUUCGUUUAAGAAACUUUGAAAUUAGCUGCACUGCUUGGUAGAGGGAGUUCGCCAACUGCUCGUUUGGCCCCCUGAAAAUUAUUCGUCGAUUAUAUGGCGUUGUCAUCUUUUCAAAGGCUUAUGGCGAACACCUCGUCACAUGUGGAGCCUAUCAAUCAAAUACCAAUAGUCUGCAAGUACGUAGUUUUACCAACUAAAACGAUGGGGUGGACAUGAAGAGUGAGGCAGAUUUGCUGGGACUAUUGCCGCCAAGGCUACACAAAAAAUGAUUCCCAAUUCCAACCAACUUUGCGAAAUACGACGUGCUUUCAGAAGGCACGGGUGUAGACCCAUAGAUUGAUUUCUUGGGAUGGGGCCGGUGGAUGCAGUGUCGAACGAAAAACCAACAUGUGCAACUGAGGGUGCCUAAACCCGGACGAUGAUGCCGAAGUUAUGGCAGUGGUUCGGAAUCCCGACAUGCACGAUGCUAGCUGGUGUUGCAGCGCAUGGUCGGCGCACGGGAUAAACUUGCUGCAAAGUCAAAUAUCUGUCCGCUGUGGCGGCGAGCUAUCCUUGGUCUUGCAGGUGGCUGGAGGGAGUGGGGAAAUAGGGCGUGUCAGAUCGCGAUUCAAACCCCCCGGCUUACUAUCUUUCCUGUCAUGUCACGAGGUUGAGAAGAGCCAAGCCGUUAUUAUUUUCUUAAGCAGAUCACAUUUUUCUUUAGACCUUUGAGGCACUCUUGUUGUGGACGGCUCCAAUAUGGUAUAUCACAACUUUUGUCUCUCAAUCAUGAUGGACUCAAAAGGCUACAACUCUGCGCAGCACUUACGACGCUCGAUCGAUUUGUUGGUUACUUUGGAAGGACCAGUAGCUUGGUAUUAGGCAUCAUUAAUAGACUAGACAUUGUACUCCAAAGUACUGCAUACAAACUUCACCGUAGAAAUACA